UCCACAAGGUUUAUGUGAGGAGCGAAUUUAGGGCUUUUCACUCCAACGCUCCCCUUUUCCGCAACUUUUUCUUUCUCAACGCAAUCGCAACUUUUUCUUUCUCAUUGUUCUUUCUUUCUCAAUGUGAUUUUAGGGUUUUAGAACAAUGUCGAGUGGUUUUGAAGAAUCAACGAAAUCAGCAUCAUCUUCUUCGGGGAACAGUUCCAAUAACGGUGCUGCUGAUUUUGAAUGCAACAUUUGUUACGAUUUGGCUCGGGAUCCAGUGGUGACGCUCUGUGGUCAUUUAUUCUGUUGGCCGUGUCUUUACAGGUGGUUGCAUCGUCGUUCUCGUUCUCGAGGAUGUCCUCUUUGCAAAGCACUUGUUGAAGAACAGAAACUGGUUCCUCUUUAUGGUAAAGGAAGAUCGGUAACUGAUUCAAGAAUGGAGAUUCCUCCUCGUCCUUCAGGACAGAGGCCACAAACUGUUGUGGAAGAGGAACUUGAGGCUCCACGUGACAUUCAUGUGUUGGAUGUGCGCUUGGAGAUAGAUCAGCCUAUUGAGGAGUUUCGUGCGGUUGCAGAGCAGCGUUUCAACGAGUAUAUAGAUGAGCGUAUCCAGGAGUAUCGUGCGGUUGUAGAGCAGCAUAUCAGGGAGCAGAUAGAUCAGCGUAUCGAAGAGUAUCGCGUGUCUAUAGAGCAGCGUUUCAAUGAGAGUAUAGAUCAGCGUAUAGAAGAGUAUCGAGCGGCUUCAGGCGUCUGAAGAGCAGUGUUUGGAGCGGCUUGACUGGCGUAUCAAAGAGUGUUGUGCGGAUGCGUAGCAGAAUUUUUUGUUUUUCCCUAAUUCCUGUUGAUAAGUUCUUUCCCUUCCUUUUUCAUCAUUCUCAUUAUACCUAUGCCAGUUAGUUUUGUUGCAUUGAAAUGCUAUUUUCCCUAAUGUGUUAUGAGGGGUUCUAAUUUGGCCACUCUUUCUUGGGUGGUUUUUGCUUCUUUCUUUUUUAGUAUUGUCAAAGAUAGAAAAGUUUUCUCAAAGUUCGAUUUAAAAAUCAGCACAAAUUCAGGAGAAAUGUUUAGCUUGUGAACUACUCAAAUUUUUAUGUUGUUAUCGUAAAAAACGAAGUAUUUGAAUGUUUGUCUCUAUGUAUUUAGAUUUAAAAUUUGGAUUAGUGUUUUUAGUGAUAAUGUUAGUUGUAUAAUUAGUUGUAAAAUUGCACGGACAUUAUUCUAUAUGAUUAUAAUUGAUUCAAUCUUUAUAGGAAGUUAGGAACUAAUUCUUG